AUGGCCUCCGAAGAAUACUACAGGGACAGCAAAUACCUCAGUCAAGGCCAUGGCCAGGGCUAUGGUAGCCAGAGCCCCAUACCUCCGGCCGGAUACCCCGCGUGCCCUGCUGCAUACCUCGCCGGACCCCAGGAGCAUCGAAACGAUGCAGCGUAUCCGCCACAGAAUAGCAGUGGCUAUCAAUACCCACCACAGGAAUACUACGGCGGCUACCAACCUCCGCCACCAUACCACGACUACCCUACGUCGCAGACCCCAGGACAAGCUCCGUAUCAAUUUGCAUACCCCUCACAGCCCCAGCAGCCCCCGCAUCCCCAGCAACCUAAGCCUACAUAUCCCCAAGACACCCCUCAAGGCGGCCAAGGCCAACCCCAAGACCCCAAUGAGCGCGGAGUCCUGGGAGCCCUAGCCGGCGGCGCAGCAGGUGCAUACGCAGGCCAUCAAGUCAAUCAUGGCAUCCUGGGCACAAUUGGAGGCGCAAUAGUGGGGUCACUAGGGGAGGACGCAAUCAAGCAGCAUUCCGGGUCCCACGAGAAGAAGGAAAAGAAGUCAAAAUCGAAAUGGGGGCUCCAUCGGCGUGAUUCUUCAAGCUCAUCUUCCUCGUCUGAUUCCGACAAAGAACAUGCGAAGCCGCCAGUCCCACUCCCGGCACCAGUCCCAGCUCGAGCUCCAGCUCCGUCGAACCACCGCGGAAAUUUCUCCCACUCAUCCAGGGAUAUAUCCCUCCAAGGGAACUAUGAGCUUGUUGCGUCAUGCCAUGCGGUCUCUGGACGGCUCAAUGCCUCUAGGUUGCCGCUGAAUAGUGUCCUGACGAAUGAGUUUGGACGUUUCAAGUGGAAGAGCGGAGGCAAUUUCGGGGCAUCAGCUAGGAAUGCCCGGUUGACGGAGGGUGGGCGCGUGCUGGAGGCAGAGCUGGCGGAUGGAAGGGGUGGAUGGAGUAGGGACUGGGUAAGGCUUGAUGAAAGAAUCUCAAACCGGGAUGGGGUCUUGGUGUUUUUGGAUUAG